GAUGUUCAACAUUUUUAAAAUUUAUUUUGGACAAUUAAUGUCUUUCAUGUUCCAUCUUCAUGUUGGGGAUCAUGGGUGUGGAGGGAACGAUGUGGCAUAGUCAUGAAAUCUAAGUUGGAAGAUUCCAUAAACUUCUGAUAAAGAUAUAAAGUAAACUGUCACAGAAAUUGAAGAAAAGGUUGCAAAGAGUGCAAAUCACAUUGCCCUAAUGCAUUAACUCAACCUAAAUAUGUGAAAAAGUAUGUGUGUUACUAUGACAUUGAAAAACCACAAGCAGCUUCCAACAACUUUUAGAACGAACGACAAGCGCCCUCCGACAACUUGGAAAACCACAAGCAGCUUCCAACAACUUUUAGAACGAACGACAAGCGCCCUCCGACAACUUGGAAAACGACAAGCGCCCUCCGACAACUUGGAAAACGACAAGCGCCCUCCGACAACUUGGAAAACGACAAGCGCCCUCCGACAACUUGGAAAACGACAAGCGCCCUCCGACAACUUGGAAAACGACAAGCGCCCUCCGACAACUGUGAAAAUCAUUAGCGCCUUCCAACAACUUUGAAAACUAGAAGCGUCUUCCAACAACUUGAAAAAGUACAAGCGCCCUCCAACAUCUUUGAAAACUACAAGUGCCCUCCGACAACUUUGAAAACUAUAAGCGCCCUCCAACAACUGUGAAAAUCAUUAGCGCCUUCCAACUUUGAAAACUAGAAGCGUCUUCCAACAACUUGAAAAAGUACAAGCGCCCUCCAACAACUUUGAAAACUAUAAGCGCCCUCCAACAACUUUGAAAACUAUAAGCGCCCUCCAACAACUUUGAAAACUAUAAGCGCCCUCCAACAACUUUGAAAACUAUAAGCGCCCUCCAACAACUUUGAAAACUAUAAGCGCCCUCCAACAACUUGGAAAACUAUAAGCGCCUUCCAACAACUUGGAAAACUAUAAGCGCCUUCCAACAACUUGGAAAACUACAAGCGCCCUCCGACAACUUGGAAAACUACAAGCGCCCUCCGACAACUGUGAAAAUCAUUAGCGCCUUCCAACAACUUUGAAAACUAGAAGCGUCUUCCAACAACUUUGAAAACUAUAAGCGCCCUCCAACAACUUUGAAAACUAUAAGCGCCCUCCAACAACUUUGAAAACUAUAAGCGCCCUCCAACAACUUUGAAAACUAUAAGCGCCCUCCAACAACUUUGAAAACUAUAAGCGCCCUCCAACAACUUUGAAAACUAUAAGCGCCCUCCAACAACUUUGAAAACUAUAAGCGCCCUCCAACAACUUUAAAAAAUAUAAGUGCCUUCCAACAACUUGGAAGACUAUUAGCACCUUUCAAAAAACAAUCACCAACAAAUUCAAAAUAGUUUCCCAGUAAAAUAUAUCUAAAAGUAAUGCUGGGACCAGGUAGACGCCACAUCAGUGUCCCAGGCUGCUGCUUCUUCCAGCUGGUGCCCUCAGUCAUGGCGUCCUGGCAGUCUGUGGGCUCCACAUGGGGCUGGUGCACUCCCCUUUCCAUCGCACUGCGCCUCCAGCCUACAAAUGGCGCUGUGCCGGGGCAGGACGGCACAUGCUCCCCGGCCUGCGCGCCUCCAGCACACAAACAGCCUUGUCCGACCUACCAUUACCCAGCAUUCACCGCAGCGAGUUCACGCGAACUCCCCGUUAGCAGCCCCAGCGCGGUUUGCAAGCGCGUUAUCUUCCAAGCAGCCCGAGCCAUUGUGCCCUGCUGGCCGCCAUAGCUACCACGUGAAUGAUGGCCGAAUUGUUAAUGGAAUGUGAAGAAGAAGAGCUUGAACCGUGGCAGCAAAGAUCUAAAGCAAUUGUCAUUGAUGAUGAAGAUGACGAUGAACCAAUUUUUGUACGAGAGAUUAGUGUUUCUAAAACUACCAAUACAAACAAGGCAACUGAAGGUCAGCGUGGUUCAUUUCAACAGACGGAGAAUGGUGUGCCUAACAGAGGAAGCAGUGCAUUUCCGGUGUCAAACAACCACUACAAAUCCCCUACUGCAACACACAACGUAACUCAGCCGGUCACUCCUAUAUUCCAACCAGUUACUAGACCAGUAACUAGUUCUGCAAUUGUUCAUCAACCACUGCCAAGACCUGUAGGCACGCAAGAGCCUUUGAGGAGACCAGCAACUGGAAGUAUGCCAGCACAGCACCAGCCUAGGACACCAGUCAUGCAAAAUGUCUGUAGACCUCAGACAUUUGUUCCAAACCCUCUUCCAGUAUGUAGAAACCCUACAGUUACUUCAGUGUCUCAUCCAUCGAUUCGACCUGUUGCCAACAACACUGCACAGCCAUUAAUGCUAAAUCAGGGUUACAUCAUUAACUCUCCCCAGGUUUCCUCUAGUAAUUGUAAUGUAAUGUAUACAUUGCGGCCAAGCACAGCAUUAACACAGUUCCAGAAUGUGCAAACAUUCACUGCAUCAGGAAUUUCUGCUCCAUUAGUCCGGCCACUGCAGCCAUUACCCCAAUUCCGCCCUGUUUCAGCUCCAGCAAGGACAGCACCCACUUUUAUUCCUAGACCUACUCCUCCUGCCCCAUCGAUGACACAAAACGUCAACAACCUAGGACCAGGACUUCACCAACCUUUACUACUGCAUUCCCAGAAAGCCCAGCAAACUAGAUUUUUGCAAAAUUCAGCAGCAAUCGCUGGACGAAAUGAAAAUGUAUUAGUGGAAAAACGGCCUUCUCCUGUUGACUUGACUAAUGACUCUCCAAAAAAGACCAAAACCAAUGAGAAUAUGACAGAUACAAGACCAGUUGCAGUAUCUACUACAGCAUCCAUCCCAAUGUCGUCAACUACUUUACCACAGAAUUCUCCUGCUAAAGGUACUAAUGCAGUUACAACUCCAACAAAAAAUGGAACACCAUUCCCUCGAGCAUGUCCAAAGUGCAACAUACACUUCAACCUUUUGGAACCUAUGAAAAAACACAUGACGUAUUGUUGUCCAGAGAAAAUGCAAUUUAUUUUCCGUGGAGUAACAAUCCCUGAUGCUUCUAAACUACGAAACACAAUGGAAGAUCAUGAAAAAGGAAAAUUGAUCAUGCUUGUUAGCGACUUUUAUUAUGGAUGUUAUUCUGGAGAUCAUCAGCUGGUACAGCAGGAGGAGAAGACUCACAGCACUUUCAAGUGUUUCAGCUGCCAAAAAGUUCUCAAGAACAAUAUAAAAUUCAUGAACCACAUGAAACAUCACUUGGAGCUUGAGAAGCAGAGUACCGAAAGUUGGGAAAACCACACCACCUGCCACCACUGUUACCGCCAAUUCUCUACUCCCUUCCAACUGCAAUGCCACAUUGAGAGUUCUCACACAUUAAUUGAAUCGACAACCAUUUGCAAGAUCUGUGAAUUAUCAUUUGAUUCUGAACAGAUUCUUUUACAACAUAUGAAAGACAGUCAUAAACCAGGGGAGAUGCCAUAUGUUUGUCAGGUGUGCAAUUACAGGUCUUCAAUCUUUGUUGAUGUGGAUAAUCAUUUUAGAAAUACUCAUGAGAACACCAAAAGUUUGUUAUGUCCAUUCUGUCUGAAAGUUAUCAAGUCUGGAACGCCUUAUAUGCAGCAUUAUAUGAAACACCAGAAUAAGGGGGUAUAUAGAUGUACUAAGUGCAGACUGCAGUUUUUGACUUGCAAAGAGAAAAUGGAUCAUAAAACUCAGCAUCACAGGACAUUCAAGAAGCCGACACAAUUAGAAGGUCUUCCUCCAGGAACAAAGGUCACAAUUCGAGCGUCUGUUGGAGCUCUUUCAACUCCAGUUUCUUCCCCCACUUCCUCUAGUCCUAGAAAUCCACCUACAACUCACGUUAACCCUCCUCAGAUACCUCCUCAGAUACCUCCUCCUAUACCUCCUUACAUACUACCCCAGCCACCUCCAAAAAUGCAAACUAUAAGCCCUAAAAAUAAUCUGACUCCAACAACUAAAAAACAUGCACAUUCUUCAAAAAUUAAGUCUUCUGCUCCAAAGAAGCCUACGACUCCAAACACCACAAGAAGAAUUAAAAUGAUCAAUUCAGCUCUGAAAGACAUAAGGGUUAUCCCAGGAAUACAUAACUGCGUCGAGUGUCACCGUCAAGUGGUAGAUUUCGACGGUCAUUUUCACAUGUAUAUGCACUGCAACAAAUGCAAGUUCAGUACCAGCUGUAAUAAAGCCUAUACAAACCAUGUAAUGAGAUAUCAUAGCAAGAAUUCCAGCAAGCGUUCCAAGGCUUCUAAGAAGGGCCCCAAUGACAAGAGGCGUAUAACCGUGGUGUGCCUGAACUGUGAUUUCCUGACUGACGUUUCUGGUUUGGAUGACAUGGCCAAACAUUUGAGUGAAAAUCCUGCUCAUUCAUGCCAAGUGGUCACAGAAAAUGUUUCCAUACUUUCCUCAACUCAUGACGGAGACAUGUCUAUAGCAAGACUUCAAUUUGCAAUAGAACGGAAGAAAAUCCUUGGACAGGAGAAAAAACCUGGCUCACAUGUUGAUGCUGCAGCAGAUGAAAGCAAGGAAGAUGAGUGCACACCAGAGGCUACAAAGAAUGAAGACAAUUCACGUGGAAGCAAUAUGACCUCUCCAGGCCAUACAAGUAACACACACAUUGCAUCUGUGAAGCAGGUAAAUGCAGCCAUAGAAACGCCAGGCAGCUGCUCUCCAAAAUCAGAAGAAGGCGCUGAACUGAUAGACUCGUAUAAUAAAGAUGACUGUGAUAUUGUACAAGAGAAGGCGUCCUUAGAAAUGACUAGUACAGAACCAAGCAGACAUGCAGAUAGCAAAACAAUGACAACAGAGAAAGCUGAACUGUGUCCAGAGCUGAAUGAAGAUCAUCCAGAUUCAGAUCUUGCUAGUGACAAUGUUGGGUUUGAGCAGUAUUUAUGGAAACAAGCCCCAGAUUCUGUGAGUUCUGACAUCAGCGAACCAAGCAGCAUUCAUCUGGAUCCAUUAACUCCUUCAGAGGUGUUAGAGCACGAAGCUACAGAAAUCCUACAGAAAGGGGCUAUUGUUGCAUCGCAGAAAGGUCGAAAAGAAGAACAAGCUGAAGAAACCUAAGACGGUAGCGCAAGUAUUUCUGCAGUGGUGACAAGGAAAGAAUAACGUGAAGCAGGUUUUUAAAUUGCAAGAAGAGUUGGAGACAUUCCUAUAGAAGCACUAGCUUACUAAGUCCGGUCGUAGAUGAAUGGGCUAUUUUCCAGGUGACUGCCACAAAGCAGUAUUGUGCUGUGAAAGCAAGACAAGGAAGCAUAAAGGACUGUUGUUUUUAGAAGUACUUUUAACAUCAGUGUUAUCACUGCAUUUUAUAGGGCAGCUAAGCAGUAUUGAAAACAUGUUGGUAUAAUAUGUUUUAAGUUGGCUAGGACAGAAUAGAAGCGCUCUUUAAGCUUGAGUCAUACGUCAAAUGUAACAGAAAUAAUUCUUUUGUAUACCAUUCUUCUUUUCUUUUUCUUUUUUCAAGAAAAGUAUCAAGCUUUACAAGGUGGAUUUCAAGUAAAAGAGUUUUUUUUUUGUUUUGUUUUUUGUUUGUUUAGUUUGGCAAAGUCAUCAUUGCUAUUUUUAAAAAGGGUUUUAUUAGUUAGAAAAAAAACUAUGCACCCGAACAGGUGUAAUCCUGCCAGCCUACUCUUAUCUUGUUUUAAACUUUCAAUGAAAGUGCAAAAAUACAUUAUUGACAUGUUUUUUUGUAUAUAGUUAUAAAUAUAUACAUAUAUGUAUGUAGGAAACAUUCAUACUGGAGUUGUAAAUUCUUUGGAAUAUGGAACAUAACGACCAAGUAUUAUACUCUAAUUCAGAGCACAUAAGCUCAAGAUAGCAUCUAGUUGUCAAAAUGACAGGAUGAACCUCACUUUUAAUACCCUGAACAUUAUUGCCUUUUGCAAUAAAAUGUAAUUCAUGGUAAAUAAUAGGAAUUACACUGUGACCUUGCUGUGAACAUCUGAGCAACUCACUAUACAUAGGUCUGACAUCAUAGAAGCAGCCAAGAAACUUCUGACAAAAGAAGACUAAGGAUUAGCGACCUUGAUACAUAAGUGUGAGGUUCUUGACGCCCGUUAUUUGUGUAAAUAACAAUGCUUAAAGUGAAGCUCCACUUUGGAUGUGAUUUCAAGAUCUCUUAAAAUGAUUGCUUGUGUUAUGUAAUUAUUGAAAUAAUUUGUUAGCUGUGGCUGUAGUAUGGUAAUGGAUCAGAGGGCAACCGUAGACCCCAGCACAUUUAUCAUUUACGUCAGUUUUGACGCUUGUGAGGACUGAAAUCUACACCAGCUAUGAACUGGCGUAGAUUUCAGUUUAGGUGCACGGACUGCCAGAGGAUGCGCCUAAUUUAUGAAGAGGCCUGCACUUCAUCAUAAAUUAGGAGCAUCCUCCUGCUGCGCAGGGGAUAUCAAAAUCUGGCACGAAACGCCGGUCUUUGAUAUAUUCCCCCCAAAAACUUUAUUGACAUAAUGGCAACCUAUUGCGCAGAGCUUUUACAAUCAUGAUGAAGAUAAUAUACUGUAGAACUAUAGUCCAAUACUGAAAGCGGACAUCCUACCAUGAUUCUUCUAUUAAGACCUUACAAAGUAUUCUUUACAGUGCCUCCAAUGUGCAGCUUCACUGUAAGACGCAAGAUAGAGAUGCACCUGCUGCUCAAAUAGAAUGAGAAGGACUGACACUUGAUUGAUGUGUUUAGUGUGUAUGCAUAUUCUCACUAUAGUUUGCUUCUCAAUACUAGCCAAUGCCAUUAACGUUAAUCUACCAGUCGAUAGGUUUAAGAAUAUUUCAUUUUGUUAAUUUUUUUAAUGGAUAUUUUAAAGUAGGGUUGUUUGCUGUAAAAAGAAAAUCAUUCUUUUAAUAAAUGUUUCCAACAAUG